UGUAAACCCGUCCCUGAAGAAGGCCUAGGAGUCUGAGAGCCCACGUGGGUCAGCGUGCAACGCCCCGCCCCAGAAGCCGCGGAGGGAUUCGGAGGGGCCUAGGCCGCCCUUGGCGGCGAGAGGUGCGGCUGUUUGGGUGGCCCGGGGCAGGAACAGGGACGGGCUUGAUUUUGGAAGUGGGGGCGAGCUGGAGUUCGAUGGAGGCCGAUCCUGCCCCGGACUUCUUGAAGCUGCGAGGGCUGCUGGCACAGCCCCGUCUGGACCCCAAGCUGCCCCCGGACUCCCCUGUCCAGCAGGCGCUAAGGACCCCGGGAUGCGGCAGACUAAGUGGCAGGUCCUUCUGGUCUGCAUGCCAGGACUCAGUCACUGCCCUGAGCUUCCUCCAAGAGACGGCAGAGGGCCCCCCCAACUGGGGGGACACCCAGGCCCUGGGGCCCUGCUGGGAGCUGAAGGCCCUGGGGACUCUGCGACCCCUACCCCUGGCCCAGGAUGCCAGGAACAUGCUGACCCCAAUCAGCCAGCAACGCCACAGCCUGGGGUCCUGGGAGGCUCCCCCAGCCCAGAGGAGGCCCCGGAAGCAGUCGAACCCCCAGCAGGGUGCUGAGAAAGUGGAUCCCCAGUUCGAGGGGGUGACUCUGAAGUUUCAGAUAAAUCCGGAUUCCAGCCUACAGAUCAUACACAGCUACAGGGCCCCGGCGCUGUGCUUCCUGUAAGACCCAGAGGACCCCACUUUGGAGAGAUGCGGAAGAUGGGACUCCUCUCUGCAAUGCCUGUGGUAUCAGGUAUAAGAAAUAUGGCACCCG